AUCCCAAAGUUGCUACUUCUUACAUUCGAUUUACUUCAUUUUCUUUCCCUUGACAUCCUUUAUUAACAUACCGCGUCGAAUCCAGCUGAGAAAGAAGAAAACGCGACAAGGGAAGCGAUCGAAGCGAUGAAAUUCAGUUGAGAAAUUCUGUCGAGCAAAGAAGAAGAGGAGAAAGAAGAAAACGAGACGUCGAUGGAAGGACGAUGGUAUCCUUUCGAUCGGUCGAUUUUUCUGUUCUCGGAGACAGAGAGAAGAGCGAGGCAGCCGGUGUAAAGCUGGUGGGGACACACGAGAGAGUUUUACCUUCCGAAAUGAAACUACUCGGCGGAGAAAGUGAGAGCCGAGGUAGCGGACGGUGGUUCAACGACGAGCAGGCGACCUGGGCUCCUCGAGACGAGAGGAUAGACAUGGUGUAAGCCCUCCAUCGUGCGAGGAUCUUCCUUCAACUUUCGAUAGAUCCUCUGGUUGAUCGCGUUCGUACCAACACCACGUGUUUCAAAAUAUUUGCCAACCAUCAAGAACGUCAACGCGAAGAAACAUUGGAUCUCGAGGAGAGGACGCAUUCAGCUUGAAAGUUGAACCGUAUUUAUUUUCAAUCUGAAUCAACGGACUCGAUGGGGAAUUUUUGAGAAGUAACUGUUUCUUCGUAAGAUCAUUUUUGUUCUUUCUUUCUAUGGGAAAGAAAGUAGAAACUCGGCUCGCCUCGCUGAAGAAAACAAAGAUGAUCAAAGUGUAAAGAAGAGCGUCGUUUUAAGGGGUUUUUGGUGGCUGUGACAGAAUGUUGGUAAACGUCCGAGUUGAUUCAGUUUAAUUAUUGGGCGAAAAUCGAGUGAGAAUCGCGGCUAAAAAAAUACUUGGUGUUUGUUGUGUUAUGGUGGUGAGGACUGUUCAGGAUCGACGCGGAAGAAAAAGAGGAAGAAGAAGAGAGAGUGGUGGAGACUUAAGGAGUUCCUUCUGAAGGAUCUCUUGGAAGAAAUUUGGAAAAACUGGAUUGUCUUCGUUCGACAGAGAGAGCGCAAACGAUGGGUGCAGCUACCUCGUGCCAAUGGUUGCUCCUAGGAAUACUCCUCGUCAUCUCCUCGAAUCGAGUUCAAACAGAGAGCUUAGGAUCGAGCGUCAGCAAGUCAGAAACGAUCUUUAGUGCUGGUUACGUGACAACGCGAAGCAACGAUGCCAAUCGGACCGAUUUGACAUCGAAUUCAGCUCGCAGACGUCGAUAUGUUCGAUUUCCAAGCGGUCCGGCUGGUUAUCUCUUCGAAGGUGGUAGUGCUGGAGGUGGUGGUGGUGGUCCUCCGAUAGGAAGGAACAUCGCUGUUCAUCCUGGUGUACGUUUUCCAUCCUGGAGGCAACAAAAGUCCCUUUGGAGGAGCCCUAUCUCGGAGUACAGCAGGCCAGUGAUGGGUCAUCGAACACCACGAUUGAUCUUUCGCGAUAACGAUUUUCCACCACCGGUGGCUGGCAGCGCAUCAUCUUCCUUCUUUCAGCAGUCCAACCAUUUGCCCGAUUUCGAGGAUGACAUCAGAGAUCAUCGCAAGCAAACGGGUGACGAUUUCCUUAGGUUAGAGUCAGAAUCGCGUCAACAAAAAAGACCGCUGUGGAAGGGUGACGAUACGUUGUGCGCUGACGGACGAAGCUGCGAAUUUUUUCUAAUGUGCUGGAUGUCCGCUGGCCUAUUGGACGGCAGUUGCGGUGGCAUUAUGUUCGCUUGUUGUCAGCGAAGAGAACCGAAAGGUAGCUCUGAUUAUAACCUGAUUGAUGCACCUAGAGAUCAAUCUCAGCCACUUCCGUUGGAUACUUACACGGAGACCGCCAAUAAUGAUCGCUGCGGAAUACCCGUCUCGAAGCAAACCGCUCAAAGAAGAAUCGUCGGUGGUGACGAAGCAGGAUUUGGCAGUUUCCCAUGGCAGGUCAGAUUUGCAUCGACGAAUCGAUGUCGUACCAUUUCGCGUCUCGUGUGUAGCCUUUUAAACAGUGAAAAUGUUCUACUUUCACAGGCAUAUAUUCGAAUUGGAUCCAGUCGAUGCGGAGGCACCCUGGUUAAUCGAUUCCACGUCGUAACUGCUGGACACUGUGUAGCCAAGGCAUCGGCUCGUCAAGUUCAGGUUACCCUAGGAGACUACAUAGUGAAUUCAGCCAGUGAAUCCUUGCCAGCUUACACUUUUGGUGUCAGGGAGAUACGUGUCCAUCCUUACUUCAAGUUUACCCCUCAGGCUGACAGGUUCGACGUUGCUGUUCUUCGAUUGGAUCGGCCAGUUCACUAUAUGCCUCACAUAGCACCCAUAUGUCUGCCUGAAAAGAACGAGGACUUCUUGGGUCAAUAUGGUUGGGCUGCUGGAUGGGGCGCACUGCAGGCUGGAUCGAGAUUGCGUCCAAAGACUCUUCAAGCAGUGGAUGUGCCUGUGAUAGACAACCGAGUGUGCGAAAGGUGGCAUCGUUCAAAUGGCAUCAACGUGGUCAUUUACGACGAGAUGAUGUGUGCUGGCUAUCGCGGCGGGGGCAAAGAUUCCUGCCAAGGUGACAGCGGAGGACCAUUAAUGUUGGAAAAGACAGGACGAUGGUACUUGAUAGGUAUCGUUUCGGCGGGAUAUUCGUGUGCCCAACCAGGUCAACCAGGAAUUUAUCAUCGUGUCGCUAAAACGGUCGAUUGGAUAACGUACGUGAUCAAUUCGUAGCAGAAGGCGAUUAAAAAGCGAACACUGUUCUCUGUACGCCAGAAACUUUGCAUGAAACAAAGUUCGUGACACGAACUGCCAGUGGAUGCAUAAGAUUUACGAUUAGUAAAUGGCCAAAGAUGCGUCCGUCGAAGAUUUAGUAUGGUGCAACGUGAGAUCAGAAUUUUAGCCAUUGCGUACUAGAACGAUGUAAAUAUUGUAACGAUAAAAUGUUUAAGAAUGUGGUAUCGAAUGCUGUCAGGAAGAGGAAGAAUUGUUGAAGAAACGUAUCGAUUUUUAAAUAUAUAUAUAUAUAUUUUUUUUUUUUAAUGGAACGACCGUGAUGCGCGUUGAUUGUUGUAAGUACGUAUAAUUACUUCUUUCAUCGAUCACCGAGGUUCUCGACGAACAGCAUCGACGUGAAUAUUUUGUAAAUUAAGUGCGUGUGAUAUUCGUUUGUAUUCGCGCUAAAUAAUUAUUCGAUUUUUAUUUUACAACGAUCGUAUACUUAUUUAUUUCUAAACGAAAGACCUUUCAAGUAAACACGUCGCAGACGAAACGAUAAGUUUAUUCAGAAAAUUUUUAACAGUCAUCAUUUUUUUAACAAAUAAUAUUUGUUGAUAAUACUUUUUCUACAUACGUAUAAAGGAACAAUAUAGAAAUUUCACUCUGAAUUAUUGUUGCAUCGAUGAAACGCUUGUGUCGUUAUUUUAAUUAAUUUGUACGUCCAGUUUAUCAAGGAAGGUUGAUUGAUAGGAUGGCGGGUGCUAAAGAACAAGUCUUUUCCAUUAAAAACAUACUUUGUUAUUAGACAACCGCUAUAUCUCAACGCAAGCUUAGCGUCGCGAAUAGUAGAACAACGCAUUUUUUUUCUUUUUUUAAGUAUGUGUUUCCAUUGCGUAUAAGUAUUUAUAAGUACACAUUGAUCUCGUUGCCCGUUUCAACGAUAAGUAACCACGAGCCACUGAAUUUCUGUUUGCUCGAUUCGUUAACACAUCCAGCCAUCGAGGCUCGCUUAAGUAUCGUACGUUGGGAUAAACUAGAAUAACAAUUGCAAAAUUCCUUUCUUCACACCAAAACAGAAAACAAGAAAAAGAAAUCUAACUAAUCUCCUGCUUUCGCGACGAAUUGCGUAACGAAAUGUAAUCGUCGACUUCGUCAACGAACGUCCUUCUUCGUGUUUUCGUGUAGCAACUAAUUAGCUCCGAGCUAACGAGAUCAGACUAGAUACCGCGAAUCCUUAGGUAAAAGAAGAAAAAAAAAAAAAAAAACCAGAAUUUAU